CUGGCGUUCAUUAUUUUGUGUACGAAUUCAUCAAAGUCGCAACAUUUCAUUAGAAAAUCAAUUUAAUUCAACAUUUUAAAUUAUAAAUUUUAAGUGAAAGCACCAACCAAGUCAAGCCAAGUCAUUAUGUCGCUGGCCAUGCAAAAGCGUAACAAUAUUCGCUUGCCACCAGAAGUGAAUCGUGUACUUUAUAUCAGAAAUUUACCAUACAAAAUUACAUCAGAUGAAAUGUACGACAUUUUUGGCAAAUAUGGAGCUAUACGACAGAUCCGAGUUGGAAAUACACCUGAAACACGAGGCACCGCAUUCGUUGUAUAUGAAGACAUAUUUGAUGCAAAAAAUGCUUGCGACCAUUUAUCCGGUUUCAACGUUUGUAAUCGUUAUUUGGUUGUGCUUUAUUAUCAAUCGAACAAGGCGUUCAAGCGAUUAGAUGUAGACAAGAAACAAGAAGAGCUAAACAACAUUAAGACAAAAUAUAACAUUGGUACCGAUGAACUAAGCAAAUAAAUUGUACAUCAAAAUAAAAUUUUACCUAGGUUAACAAUAAAAGUCCAUUCGAAUUGA